UCUUCGAGCCAAAGCCAGAGCAGCGACGGCGAAAAGGCGAUGCUGCUGCCAGGGCAUCGCUCCGAGCCGAGCGCGCAAGGCGGGAGUAGGCAACCCAGCAGCUCCGGCUUUGCAUCCGCAACGAAAAUCCUCUAAAGUGCAGGCCGAGGAACCACAAUAAUUCAAGAAGAGCCCAAAGCCCGGACGGGGGAGAAACUCUGGGCAGCUUCUCUCCCUCCAUUCAUUGCCUGCCGAGGACGAAUUCUAUUACCCUCAUUGUGGGGCGGGGAUUCCGGGCUGCUUUUCCAUGCACAGAGCCUCAGGUAAACGGAGGUGUCGGCGAGGGAGCGAGCUGUACACUGCCGCGCUGCUCGAUCGCUCGCGGUCGGAGGGAGUCUCCUGCUGCCUGGAUGCCUUUGUCCCUUCCCGCCAGGAGUUGGCUGGAGGCGGCCGAGCUUUUCUUGGGGGAGAGCAUUAAGGGCCCCCACCCAUUCCCGCAUCCUCUUGGAGCAGCUCUCGGGAGCGUUCCCCUCCUCUGUUUCCUCCUCUCCCUCCUCCUCCUCCUCCGUUCGGCAGCCCUUUCGGCUGGACAGCGCCAAAACGAAGUUUACGCGCCAGUCCGGAGACACCAAAGUUGCUGCCGUCGCCGCUGCAGGUAACGGAGCACAAGCCGGCGGCUGGCGGGGAGAAAGCGGUAGUCUUUGCCUUCGGGGCAAGAUGAGCUGCGAGGGGGCGACGCGAAGGCCGGGUUAGGGGCUGACCCCGCAAGUCUCUCCCUGCCUUCCUCUCCCAUUCAUCCUCCCGCGGAAAGGACGGCUCGAGCGCCCCAGCUCACCCCCCGGGGGCAGAGAGACCCCCCGGGCAUGCUGCCUGGAAGAUGCUGUGGUUCCCGGUGAAGAAGAUCCGGAAGCAAUUCAAGUUGCUGCUGCUGCUGGUGCUGCUCACCUUCGCCGUGUGGUUCACCUACCUGCACAUCAACUUGGUGCGCCAAGGCAAGGCGCUGCGCUUGCACUUCGCCUACGGCCGGGAUGGUGAGCGACUGGGAGAAGAGACAGACCCUGGCAAGCGAGCAGCUGGGGCCCAUGUGCCCUCUCCUCACAGGAAGGCUGAGGACUCCAGUGAGAGCCGGGAGGAAGAGCAGAUGGUAGAAGAUCAAGGUGUUCACGGGUGGUUUUCUAAAAGGUAUAGUCAUGACAGAACUGGAAGAGCCCCAAAACCAAAUGUAACAAGCCAUGUUCUGCCUUGGAAUGAGGAGUACAAAGGGAGAGCAAACCUGCAUGUAUUUGAAGAUUGGUGUGGAGGAGCUGUGGGACAUCUAAGGAAAAAUCUGCAUUUCCCCCUAUAUCCUCAUACUCGUACAACAGUAAAAAAGUUGGCUGUGUCACCCAAGUGGAAAAAUUAUGGGCUACGUAUUUUUGGCUACAUUCAUCCCUUCAAAGAUGGAGAUUUUCAGUUUUCUGUAGCUUCGGAUGAUAAUUCUGAAUUUUGGCUCAGCUCUGAUGAGACUCCAGCCAAUAUACGUCUGGUGGCGUUUGUGGGCAAGCUGGGCUCUGAGUGGACUGCUCCAGGAGAAUUCACAAAAUUUAGCUCUCAAGUCUCGAAGCCAAUCCGUGUCCUUUCCUCCAGGCGCUACUACUUUGAGCUCCUCCAUAAGCAGGACGACCGUGGAUCAGACCAUGUGGAAGUGGGUUGGCGAAUUUUCCUUCCCAGCUUCAAGUUUGAAGUCAUUGAUUCCCCUUACAUCUCACUCUAUACAGAUGAAUCCAGCCUGAAAAUGAAUGAGGUAGACCAUGUGCCUCAGUCUCUUGCUAGCCACUCUGACAGCUACCUCUGGAGGGCACAAAGGGAUGAACAUGGAGCUGAUAUGCUGAAGCCUGACCCUCGGGAUAUUUUCUUCCUCACUCCCCAGAUUGAGCCAUCCCAUGUGGAGAAUGUGCUGGUCCCCUGUGCCUACAGCCCCACAUAUGUGGUGAAGGACUUUCCUAUUGCCCGCUAUCAGGGCCUGCAAUUUGUCUACCUCUCUUUUGUUUAUCCUAAUGAUUUCACCCGGCUUACACACAUGGAGUCAGAGAACAAAUGCUUCUACAGAGAGUCUCCACUUUACCUGGAGAAAUUUGGUUUUUCUAAGUACAUGAAAAUGGAUGAAGAGGAGGAGGAUCUACACCAGAGAGCCUUCCUCUUCCUGAACCCUGAUAAUUUCCUUGACGAGGAGGAAGAAGGUGCUGAUAGUCCUGAACCUACUGACCCUUUUCCUGAUGUCAAGAGCCCCAGUGUGUUGGAUGCCCAUGUGUUCACUGGAAAGAAGAGAAAAGAUAGGCCCUUAGCCACAAAAGAUUAUGGGAAUAAUAUGGACUAUAAUAGUUUUCAUCAGAAGCAAAAUAAGUUUGACAAAGAAGGAGACUUCACAAGGCAACCUGUCUCCGUAGGCCCAAGCAGUGAACCUAGCUUGAGUCCUCAGACUUCAUCUAAGGGCUUCCAGGCUUAUGAGAAUGCAGCACCCUUUGGAGAACAUGUCAUCAUCAACGGCCGAUCUCUCAACUGGGCACAAGAUGUGGAGAAGGGAAGGAAGGAAGUUGAUCAGGGACUACUGUCGUCUUCAAAAAAAGGCAGCUCUUUCAGCCUCCAACCUCACCUUUCUGUGCCCUUCUUUGUUGGAAAGGCCAAGCAGCAGAGUCCUAGGGAAGAGAAACAAUCCAAGAAAGAGACAAAGAAACCUCCAGAGAAAGUAUACGUGACCAGGCUACAGCCCAAUAAGAAGAAGGCCCCAUCACAGAAGGAUGUCUUCCCUGGAGUCUUCCUCUAUCCUAGAUCUCCAAGGAAGGUGCGAUGGAACUCCCGGAUCCCUCAGGGUCGCUCUGCUCCCUCCAACAAACUUCAUUCUCCCUCUGUCCAUAGAACAUCUUUGCUUGUUGGUAAUGCCACUAGGGAAGCAGAUUUUUCUAAAAGGAAAGGCCUACGAGCCAGCCGGAAAUGGGAACAAUUUUAUGGUAGGCAACCUUUUAAAGGCAGUAUUAAGCGGCAGGUGCAUCCAAGUGCCUCAGUCUUGCUUGCAGAAGGGCUGUUCAGCAAAGAAAACUUUGAGGUCACCACUCCAGCAAGGACUAUGUUAGAUUUCAAUUCUUCAGAGGUAGUGCUGUCUGAAGGGAUGCAAGUGACAUCUUUCCUCCAGAUAUCAGAAAUGACAGAAUCUCAGCAGAAGGGGCUUGAAGGCCCUGAGAAGACCCAGGAGGAGGAAGUGGAAGAGGAAGUGUCUGAUUAUAGCUACGAAAAUUCUGAGCUACAGCAGAGCUGGCUAGAGGACUCCAUCAAUUGGCAAAGGACGUUUAGUGUCAGCCCUGUUGACUUUGAAUUGCUCCGCUCAGAUUGGAAUGAUCUGAGGUGCAACGUUUCAGGAAACUUGCAGCUGAGUGAGAGCGAGGUGGUGGAUGUGGUGGCUCAGUAUAUGGAGAAACUCAAUGAGAAGAAUGGCGGCAUCUACACUCUCUUGCGAAUCAUUAAUGUUGAGAAGCGGCGAGACACGGCCCGAGGCAACCGCUAUCUGAUGGAGUUAGAGCUGAUGGAGAGGGGUCAGAGAACGGUCCGGCUCUCAGAAUACAUCUAUGUCCUGCUCCACCAGGGCAAGUCAGAGGACAGCACUGAAGUCAACCCUGAAGGGCCUGCAACAGUAGCCACUGAAUCUCAACCACCACCUAGUGCCUGGAGUCUUCUGUAUGGAAAACCCAUCCUCUGCCGACCUUUGCGGCUCAGCUGGAGGCAUGAUGUUAUGGUUCAUUUUGUUGUCCCAGUGAAGAACCAAGCACGCUGGAUACAGCAGUUCAUCUCAGAUAUGGCCAGCCUAUUUCUGAACACCAAGGAUGCCAACUUCAAUAUCAUAUUGGUGGAUUUUGAUAGUGAUGACAUGAAUGUGGAGAAAGCCCUUCAGGAGGCUCACCUGCCCAGGUACCAAUAUUUGAAACGCACAGGGAACUUUGAGCGCUCUGCAGGAUUACAGGCUGGGGUGGAUGCCAUAGAGGAUGGCAGCAGUAUUGUAUUCCUUUGUGACCUGCACAUUCACUUUCCCCUCAAUAUUCUGGACAGCAUCCGGAAACACUGUGUGGAGGGAAAGCUGGCCUAUGCACCCAUUGUCAUGAGACUGGGCUGCGGGAGCUCUCCACGAGAACCCAACGGCUACUGGGAAGUAAAUGGCUUUGGCCUCUUUGGGAUCUAUAAGUCUGACUUUGAUCGUAUUGGAGGGAUGAACACAGAAGAGUUUCGGGAUCGCUGGGGCGGAGAAGACUGGGAGCUGUUGGACAGGGUGCUUCAAAGUGGGUUAGAGGUAGAACGUUUGCGACUCAGGAACUUUUACCAUUAUUACCAUUCCAAACGUGGCAUGUGGAAUUCACACAGCAAGAAGACACCCAAAGACUAAGCACCAGCUCUGCCAUCAGCUGGACCCCCUACUCCUGGUCUUCUUUAAGCAGGAACAAGGAAGCAGCAGCCACAGCAUGACCCAGCACCAUUUUUCUACUGCUACAGGUAGCCUUCUGGAUGCAGCAUCUGUCAGAGGCCAGACCAAGAGCACUUGGAGUGGAGGUUUUCUACAAAACUACUAUUUAAAGCAAACCAUGUUUAUUUUGGGAUUUUUUGUGACUUUUCUUAAAGGAUCUAAUUUCUUAGUGAGCAAUUACAUUUAUUAACUCGGUAGUGCUGAAAGGCAAAGAGUACUGCUAAUAGGAGAGUGAGGUGAGCUCGCCAGUAUUAUUGCCAACCAGGAAUGAGCUGGUGCAGCUUCUCAAAGCUCGUGUAACUGCCAGGAAAAGUUUAUGACUGUAUUUGCCCUACUUUAACUCCUAAAGUGAGCUGGGAAGGGGAGAGUCUUCAAUGUGUCACAAAUGGUUCCUCCUUGGUGUGUUUACGCCACUGCCAGGGGGAGAAGUUGAAGAGAAUUGAAAAUAUUUCAAAGGGGCAUGAAAAGACUUGUAUCGGGCAAGAGGUGUUCCAGUCUCUUCAAUACAGUUUUGGGAUUUUUUUCCCCCCUACUAGCUCUGCUGCUUUUGCUGCUCCAGCCCCACAGUUAUAUUGUGCCUCUGGUAGGAAUUACUUCAAAACUCCGCUUAUAAAUAGAAUUAUAAAUAACCAUCUCCAAUCCCAGGGAGAAGGUAGAGCAAAAGCAUUCCCCUGAAAAAAAUAGCUUUAUAAGGGGGAGGGGAUAGCCAGGAAAAAGCUCAUUAGAACUUUCAAGCUCCAGCAUUUUGGGGUGUGAUUACCUCAUCAAAGGGUUGGGAAGUAUUUUAGGCUUUCUGUUCUACAUAUUUGUGUCCUCUGAAAUUGAAUCUGCACUUUUUGUCCACUGGGAGACACACAGUCUCCCAACAAGAGGAUAUUUUCCAGGUAGAAAGACAGAGAGGAUAUAGAAUUGGCAAAGGAACAGAAAACAGAAAGUGCAGCUGACUCUCUCUCCUUCCACAACAUAGUUGCUUCUGAACAUCCCCCCUCACUUUUCUUCAUCUCUUGCUUGGUACGAACCAAGACUGGCUGCCUACAAACGUGAGAGACAAAACACAUUUGAUAUAAUUGUCAGCAAAGAAGCAAACAUUACAUAGAAAUAGAAAUUCUGGGAACAAAGGAAUUCUGGAUUGUCUGGAUUGUGAGGGGUUUAGAGUAGGAGUCAUCACCCAUACUUCGUACUCUGUGCCAUGUUAACGGAGAACGCAACAUAAUAAUAAUAAUAAAACCUCACAGCCUUUUAUCUGGGAGGGACAGACCCUAAGAAUGUAGACUAGUGGCUGAAGGGAUUGACUUGGUAGGAAGGGGCUGACCAUAUUUUCCCCCGGCCCAAUUACUGUUUUUGGAGCAACCUUCUCUCUUUAUGUACCAUGGAUCGAAUAUAGAGAGUGAAUGAGGUUGCUAUGGUGAAAGUAUCAAAACAGGAGUGGAGAGAAGGGCAAAGCAAUAUUUCCAAGCUAAUUUCUGUGAAAUUAUGAGGUAGAAAGCUGUUUUCAGAAAGUUAUGUCUGAUUUUUUUUAAUGGAUAUUGUUAUUAAAAAAAAAUAAAGUAAAUGUCCUGGUUCUGAUUUUCUCGA